AUGGUGAACGGGCCAGAACACAUGGCUCAGGUUUUAGCUGAACACUUAUUCACUGCUUUUCAUGUGUUCUGUGAGGUUACGAAAGUGGAGACAAAGUCAGAGGGAGGCAGCUUUACGAGCAACCGGGGUGCUCUGCUGGAACCGGACGAGGGCGCCGACGUGACUCUGGUGGUUGGCGACUGUGAGCUGCCAGCUCACAGUCGGGUCCUGGCCGCGAGGAGCCCCGUCUUUGCGGCCAUGUUGAGGAACGACAUGCGAGAGGCCCGCAGCCGCCGUAUCGAAGUGGCUGACGUGCGGGAGGCCGUGUUGCGGCAGCUGCUGCUGUUCGUCUACACUGACACGGCUCCGGAGCUGCCGAGUGUAGCGGCCGAGCUGCUGGCUGCCGCCGACAAGUACGACCUGCCGGCACUCAGGGAGAGGUGCGAGCAGCAGGUGGCGCGCGAUCUCAGCGUGGAGAACGCCGCAGCCGCUGCGGGCCUGGCCGUGCUGCACCGCUGCGCGGCACUUAGAGGCGCUGCCGUGCAGUUCAUAGCGAGGCACCCCGAGGUGCUGGCCACCAGCGGCUGGGCGCGGCUGCUGCUGGGCGACGCGCAGGCAGCGGUGGAGGUCUGCCAGGGGCUGGCGGCCGCGCUGGCGGCUCCACCUCCUCUGGAGGCAUCGCGGAGCAGGGUCCUGACUGAGGAGCAGAAACAGAUACUGGCUGGGAGGCUGAUCAUUGCUGCAUCACAGGGUCAGACCGGCGAAGUGCGGGCACUCCUGGAUGCGGGGUCGCCAGUCAACGCGACAGACGCCAGUGGCGACACUGCCCUGCAUGAAGCAGUGAUAAAUGGCCACGAAGAAACUGUCAAGUGUCUGAUUGAUGCCGGGGCAGAUGUCAACGUCAGAGACUCGGAUGGGAUGACGCCUCUGCACUGGGCUGCAUGUAGAGGUGGCGAGCAGCACAUUGUAUGGAUGCUGCUGGCGGCAUCAGCGUGUGUAGAUGUCCAGGACGAUGCGGGAGACACUCCACUCCAUGUGGCUGCCAGAUGGGGGUGUGCAUAUGCAGCAAAGGCACUUCUGCUGGCUGGUGCGAGGAGGGACAUAAGGGAUAACAGUGGGCAGACACCUGCGGACGUGGCAGAAGCAGACACGGUACAACUAUUUAGCACUGAACAAAUCUUGUGA